ACGAGCGCUCUCGGGGUCGCAAGUGCAGCGAAUCUUGUCUGCAAUGCCGCACCGCCGCGUCGAGCCGCGGAGAGUUUGUUUAUCCUGUGCAGCAGUCAGUCGCUGUCUGCAGUCGGUGACAGUAUGAGCGCGAAAAUGGCUUUCCAGCAUCAGCCUGGCACUGCCAUGGAAUGCCUCAGUAUUCCUAUAACACUCCACAAAGAAGUUGAAAUCAACGCUAAUGGAGAAGAAGUUAUGAAAUGUGGUUUUAAAAUUGGAGGUGGUAUUGACCAAGAUUACAAGAAAAGUCCUCAAGGUUACACAGAUAACGGCAUAUAUGUCACAGAAGUGCAUGAAGAAUCUCCGGCAGCUAGAAGUGGGUUACGAAUACACGAUAAAAUAUUACAAUGUAAUGGUUAUGAUUUUACAAUGGUAACUCAUAAAAAAGCUGUUGGAUACAUUCGUAAGCACCCAGUGUUGAAUAUAUUGGUAGCUAGAAAGGGUGUUACGAGUACUUAAACUCAAAGUAAAUAACAAGAUGUGCUAAAUUUAUAGCUUGUUCUAGUAAAAUUUUUGCAUAAAAGAUUAGAUGAGAUAAAGUUUUUUUACAAAAACUUAAUGUUACCUAAAAAAAUUAUACUUAUUCAUAUGUACAAUCAUAAUUGAGUAUGAGAAAUGGUAUAUUUCUUUGAAAGAGAUACAAUUAUAAAAUCAGAGGUAAAACAAUAUGUACAAAGUGAUUUUAGUUUUUAAGUUUUAUAUUCCAGGCUUAUGACUGUUUGAUAACUUGAUUACUAGACACUUUGGUGUAAUGAAAUGAUUUAUGACUUACCUUUUGCAUAAUUAUCAGUAAGCACUGAAUAUUUUUUUGUGCAGAAAAAAUCAAAUUAAAAUGUUAUACAUUCGUUUAUAUGUAAAUAGUUUUGCAGAGAAUCAAGUUAACAUAAAUUUUUAAUUUUUUAUAAAAUUAAUAUUUUCAUCCUGUAACUAGUCUUUCAAGAUCAUUGUUAAUUUAUUACCAAAAUGCUUUAAAUAUUUUUUAUUUUUAUUGGUGCAUAUAUUGUUUUAUAAAUGUAUAAUUAUGUUAUAUGGAGUAGUAUCAUUACUUCCUUAAAUUUUUUAUAAAAAGUUAUAGUAAAUGUUUUAUUCAUAUUCAGCCAAAAAUAAUCAAAAAUUAGAAACCAAACUCCCAUUGUAAACUACUAAUAUCAUGAUAAAAGUUAUAAUAUAAUCAGCUUCUCCAUAGAAUUUUCCUAAAUUUGAUAUAAUUUAUUUACUUUCAGAAUGAUUUAGAGUUAGUUCUUUUGAACGAAUAUUUCAUUCAAAAUAAUUAUAAACACUCGAAAUUGAACAAAUUUCUAAUAAAUCAUAAACUAAAUGUAAGGCACAAAUAAAAAUUUUUGGUAUUAAUAACAUUGAAUCGAAUAAAUUUUUUAAGGAUAUUGUCUUUAUUGAAUAACAAAACAAUUUUAUAAAAAUUUUGCCAAAUAUCGCGCGUUGAAUAUAAAUAUCGAAUACUUGGCCUAACACAUGCAUUUACUCCUACAAUCGGCCGCAAUAUUUGGAGGUCUUCAUUAAUGCCAAUAUAAUAUACAUAGAGGCGAGAUGUAUCUCGGCUGCUUACACUUAUUUUUCACAACUAAA